AUGUCGUCGUCGCAAUCUACUGGAGGAAGCGGCGGCGGCAGGGUUUCCGGGCGACACCCGAUUUACCGGGGAGUGAGGCGGAGGAAGAGCAGCGGGAAAUGGGUAUCCGAGAUUCGGGAGCCGCGGACGCCGAACAGGGUGUGGCUGGGCACAUUCCCCACCCCUGAAAUGGCGGCUGUUGCAUAUGACGUGGCGGCGCUGGCUCUUAAGGGCACGGAAGCGAAACUCAACUUUCCCAAUUCAGCUUCUUCUCAUCCCGUUCCUGCUUCCACGUCACCGCAGGAUAUUCAGGCUGCAGCCGCCGGCGCGGCUGCUGCGGCUGGGGCCGCCGGAGAUGCUAUCUUCGGCCGGAAUAAUAAUAUACCCGAAACUGAUGAGGUGGCGGCGGCGGCACGGUCUCAUGAAGAAAUAUUCCCGGGAUGGAAUAUUGAUCAUGAUGAAGAGUUUGUUGACGAGGAUUUGAUAUUUGAUAUGCCUAAUGUUCUUGUGAACAUGGCUCAAGGAAUGAUGAUUAGCCCACCGCGCCUGGGUCCUUCUGAUCAUAAUUAUUAUGGCGAUAAUCAUGUGGAUUAUUAUGAUAAUGAUGAUCAUAACCUCUGGAAUUAUCCCUAA